AUGGGAAUCAAUAAAUAUGAUGAUGAUGAUGAUGAUUAUGCUCAUGACAGUGAUGAUGGUGCUGAUGGCAAUGAUGUUGCUGCUGCUGCUGAUAGUAGUGAUGAUGAUGAUUAUGAGGAUGAUGCACAUGAUAAUGAUGACAAUGGUGAGGAUGAUGAGCACAAAGAUGGCACAGUGUGGUUUCCAAAUGCUAAUGAUGACUGUCUGAUAGGACAAAUUUCUUACAAAAUCUCUCUAGGAAUAAAUUAUAUUGACUUGAGCAGUCAGGGUCCCAAAAUGUUUGGAUUUAGACAUAAGCGGCCUCAAAACAACUGGUUCAGAAUAUACCCAAUUGAAGGAAGUAGUAUUAACAUUGUUUCCGUUUUGGUCAUUAUUUCCAUGUGA